GAGCAAUUCGACACUGGCUUCAAAGAUGCGUGUGGUGAGGAGGCAGCAGCAGCAGCGUUCAGAGACGGAGAAGUUACAAUAACGGGUUUUACGCACACACGCGCACAGAGACAGAGAGAGAGAGAGAGAGAGAGUGUGUGUGUGUGAGAGAGAGAGAGCGCACAGAGUCGGGACUUCCAAACAAACACGCGGACUGAAAACUUCCGAGGACAAAACUCUCUUCUCCACCUCCUCCUCCUCCACUCGAGUUCAGACCAGGGGGGAGUUGUCGCACCUUGGCCCCGAAAGUCUGCGCUCCUGCUCGGGUCUGAAAAAUCUCCUUCCUCCUUCCUCCUCCACCUCCUCCGGCUGAGUUCAUGUUCCUCCUGUCGUCUUGCACUUCGAGCCCGGGUCUAAUGGAGGGCCCCGUACGGAUUUGCUUGCAGAAGAAUGCGUUUUGCUGGUGAUUCACCCGACGGCUCGCAGCUUUUGCCCUCCUGUGAGAGAGGUUUGCCGAUCAGACGAGGGUUUGCGUGUCGGGCAACACGGCUGCUGGCAGGGGUCAAAGUGCACCAUGGACAGUGGCCUAAGGGUCCUCCUGUCCACUGUGCUGUGUCUCAGCCAGUCCCUGCUCAUCAACUGCUCAUCUCAGUACCCAUCAUUCCUCUCUGAGCCGUCCUCCUUGGUCCAAAGUCAAGGCUCUGUCGCUCGUCUGCACUGCUCAGUAAAUCCUUCGUCAGCGGUCAUUUCCUGGCGCUUCAGAGGUCUCCCCCUCGUCCAGGACACCCUGCCUGGCGUGGAGCUCAACCAGGGCUCCCUCACCAUCUCCUCCCUGAAGCCCAGCCAUGUUGGAGCGUACCAGUGUGUGGCACGCUUGGACCACGGCCCGGCUGUCGCCAGCCGCCAUGCGCGUGUGGCUAUCGCAGAAAUAUCAGAAUAUGAAGAGGGACGACGGCGGACGUUAUCGGUGCAGGAAGGCAGCGCUGUUCUCAUCGAGUGUCCUCUACCGCACAGCGUCCCUCCAGCCCUGCCCAGACUGAGGGUACGAGGGGAGCGGAUAGAAGUGUCCACAGAUGAUUAUUUAGUUCUUCCGUCUGGAAACCUCCAGAUUCCCUCCGUGUUGCCCCGGCACCAGGGAAUGUACAAAUGUGGAGCCUUCAACCCUGUUACUGGAGAAACUGUCAUGCAGUCUCAUGGUACUAAGCUAUCAGUGAAACAUUCAGACUCCCCCUCCCCUGUGCGGAUAGUCUACCCCACCUCCUCUGUGAACGUGUCGGUGCAGCAGUCUCAGCCGCUGACAUUAGAGUGCAUCCUGUCGGGGGCUCCUGCUCCUGCAGCCAAAUGGUUUAAAAACGGUAAAGAGGUCACACCGGGGCCGUUUCACCGACAGCAACACAACAACCUCGCCUUUGUGACGGUGACGAGGAGCGAUGAAGGAAGUUACACCUGUGCUGCUGAGACAGAGCAGGGGACUGUGACGAGCGCUAACUAUACUGUGAAUGUUCUCGAGCCGGCGUCCAUCACUGAGGGCCCGUCAGACCAGCUCGUCUCUCCUGGCUCCUCCGCUCGUUUCACCUGCCUGCUUAAAGGAAACCCCUCCCCAAACGUCACCUGGCUCUUCAACGCCGAACCCAUCAUCCCCUCACGUCACUUCCAGGUCUCUGGAUCCUCGCUUCUUGUUGCAGAGGUGACGGCCCAGGAUGAGGGUGUGUUUCAGUGUCUGCUGGACAACGGCUUCAGCUCUGAGCAGUCCCAUGGAGCGCUCACACUGCUGUCAGAUCCGCAGCUCAGCUCCACCACGGCCGUGCCAACGCUGCACCCCAUGCAGAACGACGAGGGCCACGAGAGCUUCCUGACGGAGGACGAAGGCGGCGUGCCCAGUCUGCCUUCUGAGCGCAGCAUCGACCGUCCGACUCCGGAGGCCCCGAUCAUCAUCAGCCCGCCUCAGACUCAUAAACCUGACAUAUACGACCUGGAGUGGAAGGCAGGGAGGGAUGGAGGGAGUUCCAUUAAUGCCUACUUUGUCAAAUAUCGCAAGGUCGAUGAAAUGGGAACAGUGGUGGGGAACUGGCACACAGUUCGUGUCCCUGGCAGCGAGAAGACGCUCCGGCUGUCAGAGCUGGAGCCCUCCAGUCUCUACGAGGUGCUGAUGGUGGCUCGAAACACAGCGGGCGAGGGACAGCCGGCCAUGCUCACGUUCCGAACCGGCAAAGAGAAGAGCACCACCUCAAACAAGAAUCCAUCCAAGCCUCCCGUCAUCUCCACGGCACCCAAAGCUCCAGAGGACAAAACCCCCAACACGCACUUUGGUGUGGUGAUACACGACAGAGUACCCGAGGCUCCUGACCGCCCGACCAUCUCCAUGGCCACUGAGAGUUCAGUGUAUGUCACCUGGAUCCCCAGAGCCAACGGCGGGUCUCCAGUCACAGCUUUCCGUGUGGAGUACAGACGAGGUCGCAGUGCCGAGUGGGUCGUGGCAGCAGAUAAUAUCUCACCUCUCAAACUGUCGGUGGAAGUUCGCAAUCUGGAGCCUGGCUCUACCUACAAGUUCCGCGUCAUGGCCAUGAACAUGUACGGCGAGAGUCCCCUCAGUAUCCCCUCCAAGCUGUACCAGGUUCCUCAGGCCAGCCCGCGGAUCGCAGACCGCCCCGUGGUCGGACCUCACAUCUCGUCCACAGACGCCAUCAGUGACACUCAGAUCAUGCUGCGCUGGACUUACAACCCCUCGAGUAACAACAACACUCCCAUCCAGGGCUUCUAUAUUUACUACCGACCCACAGACAGCGACAACGACAGUGACUACAAAAGAGACGUGGUGGAAGGUGUAAAACACUGGCACAUGAUUGGACACCUCCAGGCUGAGACCUCCUAUGAUAUAAAGAUGCAGUGCUUUAAUGACGGGGGAGAGAGCGAAUACAGCAACGUCAUGAUCUGCGAAACGAGAGCACGUCAGUCCCCAGGGUCACCAAGCCAGCACCCCAUUACACCACCGGGCCCCCACCCGCAGGAGCCAACCAGCCCACCAGGAGGACUGCUGUACAUGAUUGUGGGCUGUGUUUUGGUAGUGAUGGUGCUCAUCCUGCUGGCUUUUAUCGCCAUGUGUUUGUGGAGGAAUCGCCAGCAGAACAACAUGCACAAGUAUGACCCUCCCGGCUAUCUGUACCAGCCAGCGGAGAUGAACGGCCAUGUUCUCGAGUACACCACGCUCCCCGGCUCCGGCCGCAUCAAUGGCGGCGUCCACGGGGGCUACGGGCACAGCGGCCCCAUGCUACCCCAAGGGUGCCAUCACCUCCACCACAAGCUCCCUAACGGUUUGGCGCUGCUCAACGGCUCAGGCAGUCUGUUUUCUCCCGGCCACCCACACAGCCACGAUGGCACCCUGCCUCACAGCACCCAGGACUGUGAGCACUCACACCCGCACCACCACCACAACGGAGGAGGCAUGUACACGGCUCUGCCCCAAACUGAGUCCUCUGAUUGUAUGAGCUGUCAGAACCUCUGCAACAAUAACCGAUGUUACAACAAGGCCAAUGGCACUUUCUCCAGCGGCACUCUUCCUUUAAUGCAUCGCGUGGCACCGUGCCAGCAGGACGGGCUGGAGAUGGUUCCUCUGGGCCAGGUUUCAUCACAGUGCCACAGCCCUGACAGUCAGAUCCACUGUGGUGACCAGGGGGCUGAUGCAGUGUACCAGCCAGACGAGCAGAGGGAGUCCUCGCCCUCGCAGCAUUCCUGCUGUCUGGUCGGGAACAAUGAAAACUGUCCUGCAGACAACACUGCUGAGGAGGAGCUGGACUGCGUGGACAUGGAGGGGCCUGUGGUGUGCUGGGAGAGCCUCGGCCUGCCAGACUUGGACUGUGACGAAAAGCCUGGGUGGAUCUCCAGCAGCAGCCUGGCAGGAGAGCUGAUCCAGCCCGGCCCACAGGAGGUCUGAACGCUGAGCCCACACACAAACACUCUCUCAUGCAGCAUGGAGAGGCUGGACUGAGACACAGUGUGGAGAUAUAAGGAGCGACGGGAUAGUCAGAGACACUGCAUGUUACGGUGACGAGGACACUAAAUGUGGAAGGACGCUGAUGAGCGACGUGGGAAAAAGAAAUGAGAGCAAAGCCAGGCGGAGAGAGAGAGACGCUAAGAGCAAAGGAAAAAGUGCUCAAAGACAGAAACUGAAUCCCACUGGAGGAAAGACUCUCAUAAAAGAUCAAAAACUCUUUAGAUGACUUAUUUAUUUUUUGUAGUAGUAAAAUAUUAUUUCAUAUGAAUGUAUCUGUUUUAAAGGAAAGUUUGUCUUUUAUAUUAUUUAUGCCUUUUGGAUGAGAAAUACUUUUUAUUUUUUGUUGUUUUGUCCCUCUGUGUUCCGCCCAAGUGUGGAGAUUAGCAAUUGUCUGUGUAAAGUUUUGUAAUAAUAUAAAGAGAAGAUAUGGAAGAGUAAACAACAAA